UGUCGGAGCCAGCCGCGAGGUGCAGCGCGCACAUGGGGACGCACCGCAUCGUGCUCUCGGGCCCCGGGCCCUGGGGCUUCCGCCUGGUGGGCGGCCGUGACUUCGAGCAGCCCCUCGCCAUCUCCCGGGUGACUCCAGGCAGCAAAGCUGCAAUAGCCAACUUGUGUAUAGGAGACCAGAUCAUAGCCAUCGAUGGAGUGAACACAGACAACAUGACACACCUUGAGGCACAAAACAAAAUCAAGGGCUGCACAGAUGAGCUGACCCUGACAGUCAGCAGAUCGGAGGCAAAAGUCUGGUCACCACUUGUAAGCGAGGAGGGAAAGACACAUCCUUAUAAGAUGAAUCUGGCCUCUGAGCCUCAGGAAAUAAAGCACAUAGGAAGUGCACACAAUCGGAGUGCAGUGCCCUUCACUGCUGCCACAGCUUCUGCCCCCAGGGUGAUCACUGCUCAGUACAACAGCCCAGCAGGCCUCUACUCCUCAGAGAACAUCCAGACCUUCAACAGUGCGGUGGAGACAAAAACAUCACCGGGGGCCGUGGAGCCUACCAAGCCCCCAUCUCCCCCUGCCCGUGUGGAGGCGCGGGCUGGCGGCCGCCCAUCGCCGGUGGGUGCCAUGCAGGCUCCCGUGGCCUCCGUGUACAACCCUCUGCAGAGCUCCGAGCUGCGGCGCAGGCACAGCUCCUCCUCCAGCCCCAGCCAGGUCCGAGUGGGGCCUGAGCAGCUGAAGCACGCGGCCCAGGUCUGCCCCAACAGCCCUGUGGAAGUGGAGGUGCCGGGACUCAAAGUGCUGCACGUGCAGUUCAAUUCUCCCCUGCAGCUCUAUUCGCAGAGCAACAUCAUGGACACUCUGCAGGGGCAGAUCUCUUCUGUUAGCCCUGAUUUCCCCAGUUUAGAUCAGCAUAACCAGACCCCAGGCAGCAUUGCCAUAGACAAACAAUCUGAGGUUUACAAGAUGCUGCAGGAGAAUCAAGAGUCAAAUGAGCCACCCAGACAGUCUGCUUCGUUUCUUGUGUUGCAAGAGAUCUUGGAGUCAGAGGAGAAAGGAGACCCUACCAAACCAUCUGGAUUUAGGAGCGUCAAGGCCCCUACCACAAAGGUGGCCUCAUCGAUUGGGAAUGCCCAGAAGCUGCCCAUGUGUGACAAGUGUGGAUCUGGCAUUGUAGGGAUGUUUGUGAAGAUCCGGGACAAGCAGCGCCACCCCGAGUGCUACGUGUGCAGCGACUGCGGCACCAACCUCAAGCAGAAAGGACACUUCUUUGUGGGAGAGCAGAUCUACUGCGAGAAGCACGCACGGGAACGGGUCAUUCCCCCGGAGGGCUACGAGGUGGUCACCGUCUUCCCAAAGUAAACGUGCUGCUCACAAAGCCAGUGAAGAUGAUUUAUCCUCUGCUGAUUUUCCUUGGAGAGCAUUAUCCCUACCCCCUGCAGAAUCUUGUUUGCAAUAAGGAAUGUUAGGCAUGGCUUUGAAUUUCCUUGUCAUUAUUAAUCCUCCAUCUGUUCACAUGAGAUGUCACUAAUUGUUCAACAUUCUUUUCAUCCUUUCACUUUUUUUUUUAAUAAACAAUUUUUUUUUCUUUCAUUGUGCUGCCAAUCACACAAGAAAAUCAGAGGCCAAAGUCAGAUUACAACUUUUCUGUGUUCUAGUUAUUUGCCAUCCGUUUGCCUGCAAUAAAUGGGGUGAAUCCACAAGGUA